GCUACUCCCAACAGCAACAUCGCUCAGCAGCAGCAGCAGCAACAGCAACAGCACGGCAGCAACACCAAACAAGUCACUCAAAAGGGGCGACAGAGACGGGAAUACAGUGCACACACACACUCCACUCGUUUCGCCUCGAUUUUCAGCCGUUUGAGUCGGAGAGCGGCGAACGGCCAACGAAUUCAGUUUGUGUCGAGACGUUGUCGGUGGCACGUCGCAUCCAAAAGAACGCUCAGUCAGCCAGCUAAUAAAAAAAGAAGAAGAACGCAAGGCGCAGAUACAGAUACAAGUGCUAAACCAAAGUGAACGGUGCAGUUCCCGCAGAACCACAAAUAUAAAAAACCAAAUAAGUCAGCAAAGGGCCAAAAAAGACAGUAUAAUGUCUUCCACAUCGGCCUCGCCCAUCAGCAACAUAACCGUGGAUGACGAGCUCAACUUAAGCAGAGAACAAGACUUUGCUGAGGAGGAUUUCAUAGUGAUCAAGGAGGAGCGCGAGACGAGUCUCUCCCCCAUGCUGACGCCCCCACAUACGCCCACCGAGGAGCCGCUGAGGCGAGUGCAUCCAGCGAUCAGCGACGAGGCUGUGGCCACGCAACUGCACAUGCGACACAUGGCCCACUACCAGCAGCAACAGCAGCAGCAGCAGCAGCAACAGCAGCAGCACCGCUUGUGGCUGCAGAUGCAGCAGCAGCAGCAACAUGCGGCACCGCAGCAGUAUCCAGUUUACCCCGCUGCCACCGCCGAUCCCGUGGCAGUGCAUCAGCAGCUGAUGAACCACUGGAUCCGCAAUGCAGCCAUCUACCAGCAGCAACAGCAGCAGCAGCAACACCCGCACCACCAUCACCACCAUGGACAUCCGCACCACCCGCACCCACAUCCCCACCAUGUGCGUCCCUAUCCCGCCGGCCUCCAUACGCUGCAUGCCGCAGUUGUGGGUCGUCACUUUGGAGCCAUGCCCACCCUCAAGCUGGGCGGAGUCGGUGGUGCCAGUGGUGGACCCACCGGUGGUGCUGCCACCGGCAGCAGUCGCCCAAAGAAGCAGUUCAUCUGCAAGUACUGCAACCGGCAGUUCACCAAGUCCUACAACCUCCUGAUCCACGAGAGAACCCACACGGACGAGCGUCCCUACUCCUGCGACAUCUGCGGCAAGGCCUUCCGGCGACAGGAUCAUCUGAGGGAUCACCGCUACAUCCACUCCAAGGACAAGCCCUUCAAGUGCAGCGAUUGCGGCAAAGGCUUCUGCCAGUCCCGCACCCUGGCCGUCCACAAGGUAACCCACCUGGAGGAGGGUCCGCACAAGUGCCCCAUCUGCCAGAGGAGCUUCAACCAGCGGGCCAACCUGAAGAGUCACCUGCAGAGCCACAGCGAGCAGAGCACCAAGGAGGUGGCCUCCUCCGCGGCCACUUCGCAUUCCGUGCCAAACCAGGCAUUGAGUUCGCCUCAACCUGAGAAUUUGGCACAGCACCUGCCCGUCCUCGAUCUGUCGUCCUCAUCCUCGGGCUCCGAGAAGCCCAAGCGAACGCUGGGCUUCACCAUCGAUGAGAUCAUGAGCAGAUAGAUUGGCGCGAAUCCAAACCGAACCGACAUCUGGUUUCUGUUGAGAGAUUCAAGAAGGGACCCAGAGAGCUGGACAGCCGCCAGGCAUGGGAAGUGCCUGGAAUGGAGAAUCAACCGAGUCCAGCUCGCAUUCUGGCCAAAGGUGCAAGUGAAAAAUCCUCGCCAGCAAUGCGCAACCGCAAUCGCAACCCAGUGAGCAGAAGAAGUAGACGAAGAAGUCAUCCUCCGUGCAAUCGGUUCUAUAUAACCCGGAAAUAUAGCAAGCCCCAAUUGCAUUAAACCAAUGCCAAAGUCAAAUAGCAGAGGAAAACUGAUGAAAUAUCCAAUGAAAAGUAUUGCUAGCACAAGCCUCCUACAAAACAAUUCCAAAACACACACAAUUGUAAACUAUAGAUUAAAAUAAAUAUAAUAUGAUUGUAAUUAUAACUUAAAUACAUUUAUUGUACCUAAUAGUCGUAGUAGCCCAUUCAGUUUGUAAUUUAAAAGUAAACCAAAUGUUAUGUUACAAUAGUUCAAUCAAACAAACCUCAAACCCGCUUUGGUUAAUGAAAGACUGUUUUAAUUAUUAUAUUUAAAUAAUACGUGAAUAAAUCAAUCCAUCGAUUGUGUAAUGUUAAA